AUGCUCGCUACCACCAUCACCACCAACGCAACAUCUUCACUACAACCACCAACUGUCGAAACCUGGGCGACAGGAAAACCAAAGAACGAUAGACAGGAACAUCGUGUUGGACCGUUACCAUGGGCCGCUGGACAGGACCCUAUCCUUGAGAGCAAUGCAGGAAAUUUCCCGACCCGUCAGUGGACAAAUAAAAAUGGAUCUAAAGCCAAUGCUGAGAUUAAAGAACCCACCUCUCAUCAUCUACAGGGAGGUUCAGGUGCGAGUUCGAUGAUUGGAUUGUUCUACGAGACGGGGCCCAUCCAUGUGACGGAGGAUUUGAAGUUGGUGAGGAAUAAUGAUACUUGGGCGAAUGAGUAUUCGAUGUUGUUUGUUGAGCAGCCUGUCGGAACUGGGUACUCCUUUGUUGAUCAAGGUGGCAAGAAACGGACGAAGCGCAAGAGGGGGUCGGCGCGUCGCGGUGGUGAGAGGAAUGACGAUGAGGGUGAUCGUGAUGGCGGAGAUGAUACUCCAGGAUUCGAUGCCAACGACGAGGAGGGAAAGGGUGAAGACGGCAGGUUUGAGGAGCUGGAUGCAGAGUUGGAGAGGGACCAGGAGGAAGAAGCGGCCUUCUUUGCGACUCUCCCGUCUUCUCUACCGUUUGAUUUCAAGGUAGCGGCGGCGAGCAAGCGGCGCAGGGGGAGGGCCAAGACCGGCAACAACACUGACGAGGAUCCAGAUACGAUAUACACAAAAUCGGGAUAUAUCAAGGACCAGCGGACGGUUGUCAAAGGCAUGAUGGUCUUCUUAGACCAGUUCUAUGAACGGUAUCCUGAGCAACAAAAGGCGUAUCUUUAUAUCACGGGACAGAGCUAUGCGGGGAAGUUUAUUCCGUCGAUCGCGCACGCUAUCAUUGAGCGCAACAAGAAGUUCCAGUCCAAGUUGCCUCAGAGCGCGAGCCGUUUCCUGGACGCGAACCGGUUCCGAGGCAAGAUCUUUAAUCUCUUCCGAAAGUCGACCGGACAACUCGACACGUUCGAUAUCCGAAAGGCUUCUCAUGGGAUGAACUGGAAGCCUAUGGCCGCUUUGUUGAACCAGCCCGAGACCAAGGAUUCUCUGAACAUGUUUGAGCCUCGCAAGGCGUACCUACUCCAACAGAAGGUGCCAAAGGAGGAAGUGGCACGGAUCGAACUGGGUAGAUGGGAUACUGAGUACCGAACAGAUCCAGAGGUGAAACAGGCUAUGCGAGUGGACAUUAUGCGGUCGACAAAGCCAUUGGUCGCAGAUUUGUUGGAUAAUGGGGUCAAGGUGUUGGCGUAUCAGGGGAUUUUCGAUUUCAGGGAUGAGCCGGCAGGACCUGCCGUGCGCACUUCUUCCAAGGACGUUCUAUCUUGCAUCGAGAUGUAUGUUCGGGUCUACUCUAGCUUCUUGGCAACCACGAUCUCUGAAAUUAUGACACUCGAGACCCUGUACAUGAGUUUCUUUACAAAGUGGGAUUUGUCGCAGGAUGCUUUUCGGGACAUUGACUGGAUCACGCUACACUGGCCGAGAUUGAUGAUGAUCGAGUACUAUGCGGAGGCGGCACAGUAUCCUCGCCAGAACUGA